AUGGCCGAGCAAGUCUACUGGGAAGACAUUUCCGAAGGGAUGGAACUGCCUUCGAUAGUCAAAGAACCCACCACGCGUCAACUGGUGCAAUAUGCCGGCGCCUCCGGUGAUUUCUACGAGAUUCACUACGACAAGGAUUUCGCCGUUGGCAACCAGUUGGAUGGUCCCAUUUUGCACGGCGCUUUGAAGAGCGCGUUCCUGGGACAGCUGGUAACCGACUGGAUUGGGCCGCAGGGCACGCUGAAGCGGCUGCAGUGCCAGUACCGGGGUAUGGAUGCCCCGGGCAGCCCCAUAACCGCCAAGGGCACCGUUACCCGGGUGUACGAGGAGGAUGGGCAGCGCCUGGUUGAUUGCACUGUAUGGCUGGAAAAUACCGAGGGCCAGAAUACCACCCCCGGCAACGCUACGGUAACCCUGCCCAGCCGGCAAGGGUAG